AGGCGCAGGAGGAGCACACCGUUGCCACUGGAGACCGUCACUCCCUGAGGAGCCUGAGGGCCGGCUGGGUGCUGGGCUCCGGGCUAUCCCUGUGAUGGUAGCUCAGCGAGAUCUGGGGACUUGGCGCUGAGCGCGUUGCCAGCCGGGAUCUUCCUCUUCAUCUAGGCCCGGGCGCUGGCGUGAGAACUCGGACUGGCCCCCCCGAAACGCCUUGGAACCUUGAACAAGUAAAAUGCAGGUUUGCCAAUAAAGACAUCACCAAAGGUUAGAGAGAAAAUCAUCUACAGGAAAUGCUGGCAGUAUGGCAUGUGUUCUUUCACAAAUCUCUACAGCAGAUUCUCUCGUUUUAGGGGCUAUCCAGAUUAUGAUUGGCAUCUUUCAUGUUUUCAUGUGGUACUUUCUACUGGUUUUGUAUAUGGGACAAAUUAAAGGAGUCUUUGGAACGUAUGAACCUGUAACUUACAAAACAGGAUGUACUUUAUGGGGAAUUUUUUUUAUCAUUGCAGGAGUCUUCCUAAUAAGAGUAACAAAGUAUCCGACUCGAUCUGGAAUUAUAUGUACUUUAAUCAUAAACAUCAUCUGCAUAAUUACUACAAUUACUGCAGUAACUCUAACAAUAAUAGAGUUGUCUCAUUUUAAUUCUGUGUCAUACAGGAAUUAUGGACAAGCGAAACUUGGGAGGGAAGUAUCACGUAUUUUACUGUUCUUCUACACUUUGGAAUUUUCUAUUGCACUUACACACUCAAUAUGCAGCUGUUCCAAUUUGGAUGGUCAAGGAAGACUACUAUGAUCAACAACUGAUUGAAAUACGGAAACAACUAUAAGACUAUAUGGUAAAAGGAUUUCUGAAGAGAGGGAAUGAGUUGCAUUUCCAGAAUGGCUGAUUGAGGACAUGGUAACUCUCCCUAAAAAUGAAAUUAUAAAACUGAACAAAAUUGUCAAUAAACAACCUUCUAAAGAUUCAGGAAGUUGACCAAGCAUACAAGAACUUGAGAAGUGUUUAUUUAAGAAAAUCUACUGGACCUCAGUAAGAACAGUGGAUGUCUGUGGCAUGUUAGCUUGGGACUGUUCUCACUCUUCCCACCUGAUAUGGUUAGGCUUUGUGUCCCCACCCAAAUCUCAUCUUGAAUUGUAAUCCCCAGCUGUUGAAGGAGGAACCUGAUGGGAGGAAAUUGGAUCAUGGGGGCAGUUUUCCCCAUGCUAUUCUCAUGAUAGUGAGUUCUCAUGAGAUCUGAUAGUUUUAUAAGUGUUUAGCAAGUUCCUCGUUCACUCAGUCUUCUUUCUCCUGCUGCCAUGUGAAAAAGGUCCUUGCCUCCC